AUGCUUGUGUUUCUAGCUCCAAAAGUCCAAUAGUAUCUAACAAUUCAAAACAAUACAAUCAAAUCUAAAAAUAAAAAAAUGGAAUUAAGAAAUAUAUAAGUAUUAGGAAGAGCAAUGUUGGGUUGGCAUAGACUAAAAUACAGUAGAAUAGAAUACAGUAUAAACUUAUGAAAUGAGUAAAGAAAUAUGUAAACAUUAUUAAAGUGGCCAGUGAUUCCAUGUCUAGUGGCAGCAGCAGCAUCUAAGGUGCAGGGUUGGGUAACAGGGUGGUAGCCGGGUAGUGAUGGCUAUAUAACAGUCUGAUGGCCUUGAGAUAGAAACUAUUUUUCAGACUCUCAGUCCCAUCUUUGAUGCACCUGUACUGACCUCACCGUCUGCAUGUUGGCAGGGGGAACAGGCCGUGGCUCGGGUGAUGAUGUCCUUAAAAUAUUUUGGGCCUUCCUGUGACAUCGGGUGCUGUAGGUGUCCUGGAGGGCAGGUAGUUUGCCCCCGGUGAUGCGUUGGUAAGACCUCACCACCCACUGGAGAGCCCUGCGGUUGAUGACGGUGCAGUUGGCAUACCAGGCGGUGAUACAGCCCGACAGGGUGCUCUCAAUUGUUCAUCUGUAAAAGUUUGUGAGGGUCUUAGGGGCCAAGCCAAAUUUCUUCAGCCUCCUGAGGUUGAAGAGGCACUAUUGCGCCUUCUUCACCACACUGUCUGUGUGGGUGGACCAUUUCAGAUUGUCAGUGAUGUGUACGCCGAGGAACUUGAAGCUUUCCACCUUCUCCACUGCUGUCCCGUCGAUGUGGAUCAGGGGGUGCUCCAUCUGCUGUUUCCUGAGGUCCACAAUCAUCUCAUUUGUUUUGUUGACGUUUUGGGAGAGGAUUUUUUCAUGGCACCACUCCGCCAGGGCCCUCACCUCCUCCCUGUAGGCUGUCUCGUCAUUGUUGGUAAUCAGGUCCACUACUUUUGUGUCGUCUGCAAACUUGAUGAUUGAGUAGGAGGCGUGCGUGGCCACACAGUCAUGGGUGAACAGGGAGUACAGGAGGGGGCUGAGCACACACCCUUGUGGGGCCCCAGUGUUGAGGAUCAGAGUAGUGGAGGUGUUGUUUCCUACCUUCACCACCUGGGGGCGGCCCAUCAGGAAUUCCAGGACCCAGUUGCACAGGGUGGGGUUGAGACCCAGGGACUCCAGCUUGAUGAUGAGUUUGGAGGGUACUAUGGGCUGAGCUAUAGUCAAUGAACAGUAUUCUUACAUAGCUAUUCCUCUUGUCCAGAUGGGAUAGGGCAUUGUGCAGUGCGAUGGCGAUUGCAUCAUCUGUGGAUCUAUUGGGGCGGUAAGAAAAUUGAAGUGGGUCUAGGGUGUCAGGUAAGGUAGAAGUGAUAUGAUCCUUGACUAGUCUCUCAAAGCACUUCAUGAUGACAGAAGUGAGUGCUACGGUGCGACAGUCAUUUAGUUCAGUUACUUUUGCUUUCUUGGGUACAGGAACAAUGGUGGACAUCUUGAAGCAAGUGGGGACAGCAGACUGGGAUAGAGAUAGAUUUAAUAUGUCCAUAAACACUCCAGCCAGGUAGUCUGCGCAUGCUCUAAGGACGCAGCUAGGGAUACCAUCUGGGCCGGCAGCCUUGAGAGGGUUAACACGCUUAAAUAUCUUACUCACGUCGGCCAUGGAAAAUGAGAUCCCAGUCCUUGGGAGAGGGCCGCGUUGCUGGCACAGUGUUAUCCUCAAAGCGGGCGGAGGUGUUGAGCUUGUCCAGAAGCAAGACGUUGGUGUCCGCAACGUGGCUGGUUUUCCCUUUGUAAUCCGUAAUUGUCUGCAGACCCUGCCAUAUACAUCUCGUGUCUGAGCCGUUGAAUUGUGACUCCACUUUGUCUCUGUACUGACGUUUUUGCCUGUUUGAUUGCCUUACGGAGGGGAAUAACGACACUAUUUGUAUUCAACCAUAUUCCCAGUCACCUUUCCAUGGUCAAAUGCGGUGGUCAGUUCUUCCCAAAUGCUACCAUUUAUCCAUAGUUUCUGGUUUGGGUUUUAGUAGUUACCGUGGGAACAACAUCCACUAUACACUUCCUGAUGAACUCAGUCACCGUGUCUGUGAACACGUCCAUGUUAUUCUCAGAGGCUACCCAAACAUAUCUGUCAGCGUGAUCAAAACAAUCUUGAACUAUGGAUUUCGAUUGGUCAGACCAGCGUUGAAUAGACCUUAGCACGGGUACUUCCUGUUUGAGUUUCUGCCUAUAGGAAGGGAGGAGCAGAAUGGAGUCAUGAUCUGAUUUGCUAAAGAGAGGGCCUUGUAAGCAUCUCAAAAAGGUGAGUAGCAGUGGUCUAGUGGUUUCCCUAAGCGAGUACUACAAUCAAUGUGUUGAUAGAACUUCAGUAGCAUUUCCUCAAAUUAGCUUUGUUAAAAUCCCCAGCUACAAUAAAUGCUGCCUCAGGAUAUGUGGUUUCCAGUUUGCAUAAAGUCCAGUGUAGUUCCUUGAGGGCCGUCGUGGUAUCUGCUUGAGGGGGAAUAUACACGGCUGUGAAUAUAGCCAAAGAGAAUUCUCUUGGUUGUCAUAUUGACCUGACAUAAUGAUCCUUUUCCUGCAGGCCCAAGAUCCAUCCUCUCCAACCAAGAGAGGAGGGAAACCAUCCAAGAUGGCGGAGGUUAGCCAACAGAGGAAAGAUGGUCUUCUUCAACCUGGUCCAUCCAGACUUCACCCAGAGGCAGGACCCAUUGUGAGAACAUCCAACCAGCCAUCCAUAGCCUCUCCCACUCUUCCUUCCAAAGAGGCACUGUCGGCAUUGUACCAACAGCGACAGAAAGUUGAGCUGCGGAGGCUACUGAAGCACACCCACCCGGAGCUGAGGAGCCUGGAAAGCCUGGACGGGGUGGUGGAUCAGGAGCUGGCUGAGGUGCUGCGUUUAGAAACCCAGCCGAUAGCUGACGAGACUGGAUACGAGGGAGAGGUCCUGUCCAGACGGUUGUUAUUUGAGAACUGUGUACAGAGCAAUACUGUGCAUCCCCACACUUCUAAAAUGCACAUCACUGAGGGGGCCGGGGUUGGAGUUGGGGCUGGAGUUGGGGAAGGGGUUUGGGGAGAUGUGAAGAGAACAUCAGCCUUGUUUGAACAGCCAUGGUAUAAACAGAACAUUCAGGAGGAGAAGGUUAAGGAAAUCACGGACCAGGUGGAGAGGACUGAUGCUGCUCAUGGGGAACUUACUGAGUGUGAGGAGCAAGAGAUUGUCAGGUUGGACGUCCAGUCUGCUAGGAGGCUGUUUGAGAGCCAGCAAGUCGACACCCCGAGGGCCAGCCAGGAGGACGUGAUCCUGAACAAGGUUAUCGUGUCGGAGGACGAGAGGGGAGCUGUUCAGAAGAGAAAACAAGUGUUUGAGACAAGAAGCAGUAAGACAGUUCAGAGAGCGAUCAAAAGCCAAAUUUGUUUUAAAAAUCUUGACGUGAGUUCUCAGUCUGAGGGAGCUCUGGGUGUCGGUGUUAAUAGUGCAGAUACCGAGCCUGAGGUUAACAAAGUCCGGCCACAGCAUGCAGGGGUCUCCACAGUCAAACAAGUCUUUCAGAGAAAGUCACAGUGUGUUUCAAACGCAGAUGUUGAUGUUGAAACUAGUCCAAGAACUCCAAAGUAUCAGUCUGCAGACGUUUGCCAGACUUCUCUAAUUGAAAACCAAGCAAUAACUAAAAGUGGAAAACCAUCACAUCUGCAGGAACCAAAGCCCCAGAACACUAGUUCACUCCCAGGCGACCUAACUCCUGACAGAAGGGUCCAGGAGGACAUGUUAGAGUUAGUGGCUAACGUAAGGAACAGAGCUCAGUUGUUUGAGUCCACUCUGUUCGACCUGAUCAACCACCAUAACAGAGAGGAGAUAGAGAUGGUGGCAGAGAGCAUCAACGAAACAUUGAACUCUCUCUAUCACUUCAACGCCAUCCACUCCCACGGAUCCAUCAUCAAGGCUAGCGAGACAGGAAGUGGUCAAAAGGCUAGGUACAGGCUGACCCCCGGUCUGGGACCAGAGAUAGAACAGGAAAAGGUGACUGAGGGCAGGGUUAAGAAUUUUAUGCUCCAGCUGUUACCCCGGGCAACCCUUAAGCCUCAGGUAGUUUACCUGAAGGAGGACGCGAAGAGGAACGUGGAGGUCUCCAUGGUGAUAGUACCUUUCCAUCAGGUACGUCUGGCUUCAAACCAAGAGAAAGAGUUCAGAACAGCUAACGUUGUCCAGCUCAUUGAGGACAUCCUCAGUCAGGACAGCUCUCUGAGGAAAGGAGUUAUUAUACAGGAGGACGAUCAGGGACAGACUGAGGUCACCGUUUACUCCCUGUACAAUGAUUCUGAAGGAGAGGUGGAGAGGUACUACCCCCCGCAGGAACAGAGGACGGAGACCAACGUCCUAGACAUUACUGCGGGCGAUGAGAUUAAAACUGAGAAUGGUGAAGUAAGGAGAGGCGAUGUGAAGUCAACCAUCAGCUCUCUCUUGGCCACCAGUCAGGAACACUCAGCCCCAGCCACUUACAAACCUGAGGUCAAUGUCACGGGGAAUGUCAAGUUAUUUAGGAGCUGCAUUGAAAAGGGAGAUCUGGAGUAUCUGAAAACCCUGCAGGUCCAGCCAGAGAAGGAACUCCAGACUGAUGUUGUAACAGGUGUCUCCACGGAGCCAAAGAUACAUAAUCAACAACAACAACCAGAGGAUCAGUUGGAGCAGAAGGAUCCGGAUAUAGUGCUGAAGAACAUAUUCUUAGCCAACCAGAGCUGUGCCCAACAGAAAGAGACGAAGGCAGAGAAGACCUCUAAAGCAAUAGUACAGGUCCAGCACAACUCUGUGGAGAUGAACAAGACGUGCUCUGAUUCUGUUAUAAAGAGCUCCACAUCCCAGACAUCCACAGAGCAGCACCAGGAGGAGGAGGAGGAGGUAGUGAGAGGUCAUGUACAGGCAGCGCUCCAUUCUCUGGAGAACACUAGUGGCGUUAAUGUCAGCCGAGGAGACUUCGAGGCUGCCAUGAUCUGCAGGAAAUCUCCAGAAUCUCAGAAAGGAAGCCAUAAGAAGAAGACUGAUGUGAGGUAUGCUCCCCAACACAGUGAAGUAAAGACUGGGACUCUGACUGACGCUCAACAAGCCCUUUCAGUAGUGAUGAGUGAAGGACAAGCCAUCUCUGUGAAAAGCAGUGACACUGUAGUAGAUGUCCAGCAGACCUCUGUGCAGAAGGAAGAGACCAGCUGUAAUUCUGUUAUAAAGACCUCCACAUCCCACUCCUCUAUCACCUCAGAACAUGAACCUGCACCCUGCUGCCGCAAGACCGAAGAGGCUAGCUGUGCUGCUACGUCUUCUGAAGAUCUACAAAAUGCAGACGCCUGGAGUGUGGAGGUCCAAGAGGGCACUGAGGUGGUCCAGAGAGGACACUUAAAAGCUGCCAGGAAUUCUUUACAGAGUGCUACAACAGAGGAGGAGGAGGAAGAGGAGAAGGAGGAGGUACUGAGAGGUAGUGUACAGGCAGCGCUCCAUUCUUUGGAGAAGACUAGCGGCGUUAACGUCAGCCAAGGAGACUACAAGGCUGCCAUGAUAUACAGGAACUCUGGGAAAUCUACAUUUCAAAGCCAUAAGAAGAAGACUGAUGUGAGGUAUGCUCCCCAAAACAGUGAAGUAGACACUGGGUCUCUGACUGAAGCUCAACCGUUCUCUUCAGUAGCGAUGAGUGAAGGAGAACAGGUGGCCACCAAGGAGCUGAGAGUAGCAACUGCAAAACCCCCCAGCCCAGACCAAACCACAAAUAAACUAGCUACAGCCUCCACUUUGAAACAUGAAUCUCAGACUGGCUCUCAAUCUCCAGCUCCCUCAAAGAAAAAGAAAAGACCUGUUGGCCCAAAACCAGGUCUUCUGCCGAAACCAGCAGUUCCUCCUAAACCAGGUCAGAUGACAGGAAGCACAGCUAGUCAGUCAACAGAGACAGAGGUACAUAUCAGUGAAAGCCACACCAUUUCUAUAAGAACUACUAGUAGUAUUUCUAGUAUUGCUAGUACUGAUAGUACUCAACUGAAAGAGUCAACCAAAAGUCAACCGAAGGAAUCAACCAAAUGUCAACCAAAAGAAUCAACUAAACAUCAACAGAAAGAAUCAACCAAAACUCAAUCAAAAGAAUCAACCAAAACUCAAUCAAAAGAAUCAACCAAAACUCAAUCAAAAGAAUCAACCAAAACUCAAUCAAAAGAAUCAACCAAAACUCAAUCAAAAGAAUCAACCAAAACUCAAUCAAAAGAAUCAACCAAAACUCAAUCAAAGGAAUCAACUAACAGUCAAUCAAAAGAAGAGCAACCUCCCCAACCAUUCACUAUCAAACCAAUGUCCUACGCAGAUGCCCUUUGUAGAGGCUUACAACAGACAGAUAGUGUUACAGAGGCACAACAGAGUAGCUACGUAUCUGAGAGGCCAGCAUGGAGCUCAGUAGGAACAGCUGAUACUGGGGCUGCCGAGGCCACCCAACACACUGGUGAUGCAACCCCACUCAAUGAGGAAAUUACAUUAAACCAGGAAGGUCAAGGGUCUGAGGUCUUCCCUCAGAGACAGACUAGUUUGACCUCUGUUCCAGUGGAGGAGAGCAACACUAAGUCACCACAGGACAGGACUCCUACAGAGCGGAGCCAGGGAGCAGGACCCAAGGGGGCCCUAGAGGACAAAGAGGAGAAGGUCAAUGAGGACUUCAUAGGGUUUCAAGCAGCACUUCAGAACUUUGGAGGGAAGAGCAAAACCCCUGUGAAACCUAAACGAGUGAAGAGGACCCAGAGUGAAGAGAACCAGAAACACACCUCUCUCACAGUUCCACACACGGCUGUGGGACAGCAAGCCAGUGACCCUUCACAGCCUCGACCAUGCAGUAAACCACAGAACGACAUCCAGGAAGAAGAGAAGGAAAACUCAGUGGUAAUGAGGGAGAAGAAAGCGGAGACGGAGGAUGAGCGUGGCCAGAGGCUGUCGGUCCACAUGGAUAAGAUCAUGAGGGGUAACGUGACCAUGGCCAUGGAGAUCUUUGACAACCUGAGGAAGCAGGAGGAGCUGAAAGAGAUCUUGACCUGGGUGGAGGAGGUGGAGGAAGACACCAGCCAGGUGGACGUCAGGGCCCUCAGGAACAUCUUUGAGAACGUACCUGACUGGGUCGUUGCCCCGAGAGACAAGAGACAACGUAAACAACAACAACAAACCAAGGUGGAACAGAAGAUCUCAGAAGUGAAGAGAUCAGAGACGCCGAAAGAUGAUACCGAGACCUCAAUGUCCUCCAUGGCUCUUGUGUUCGGAAAUCUGGAGAGAGCAAGUGAGGAGAUCAUGAACCUGAAGGAGCAGACGUUAGCCAGACUGAUGGACAUAGAAGUGACCAUUAAGAAGGUUUUGUACUCUGUGUCCACUCUGAAGUCAGACUCUGACAUCGCUGGUCUGUCUGGCCUGUUUAAGGAGUCCCUAAAGGGGACAUCAGCCCAGACCCAAGGCUCCACUAGCAUCAUCAGCACUAUCAGCACCGGCUCCUGUAGCAGAGCUAAGACGGCCCAGGGAAAGGACAGCCCUACCACUAAGACACAAAGAGACCCAGGUCUGCCAGCUGAUGAGGGACCAGUCAUUAAGUCCCAGAGCAGUCCUCCAUCCUCCCCCUCCUUCAUCUCCAUUCAGUCUGCAGCCAGGCAGGAGUCAGAAGACAGACAACAGGAGUCUGCAGACAGACAGAAGGGUUCUGCAGCCAGACAGAAGUCCUCCCUGCAGCCUCCACUGUGCUCAGCCUGUCAGCUCAGCCCGAAGUGUCGCCCUUCCGGUAGCCCUUGUAGCAGAAGCCCUCUCAAUCAGGAACGUCAGGUCAGCGUACUCGAAGUGAAGACAGCCCCAGAGGGGAGUGAGGUCGUUGGCACUAAGACAGUCAGGGAGAACUAGGAGACGACAGAUCAGUUUGGCAACAGGGUCCUCCUCCACCAAGACCUCCACUGUGGUGACUCAGCAGACACCAGCACCUCUCCUAGGGGUCAGGUAGUGACCCCGAGUCCAACCAUGUAUUGGGUAGUGACAUACCCAGAGGUCAAGGUCAUCCUGCCUAUCAACAAACCUUCACCGCCGUUUUAAAAUGGUGCUUGCAACAGCAAGGGUGGUGGGUUCGAUUCCCGCUGGGGCCACCCAUGCAAAAAUGACUGCACUCAUGACUGUAAGUCGCCUUUGGCUAAAUGGCAUAUCUUAGAAACUGUUUGAUUGAAUGAGAAAAGGCACUUCAGGUAAAAAAAUAUAUAAAAUGACAGUCAGGAAGACAAGAUGUUUUAAAGUGUGUGAUUUCAUGAAACAUUUUGGAUAGAAUUGUAAUAAAAUGUUGUUGGUAUA